AUGUAUUUUCGAUUUGGGUUGGCCCAGGAAAUGGGCAUUAUGACGACAGUAAAAACACAGCUCGAGCUUGCUGAGUUCUACCAGGUCGUCACGGAGAGGGAAUUUCAGUCCGGCUGUCGUUUGGUCAAGAAAAAAUGUGUAAAAGCCUGGCGGAGGGAGGCGAGAACACUGGAGCGUGCCGAGGUGACCGUAGAAACGACACCCUUGGUUUUAUUGACACCCGAGGAGGAAGUAGCCUCGCUUGUGGGAGCUGGCAGGGCUACGAUGGAUGCGAGAAACAGGAAAAUUAAUCAAAGUUUGGUAAAGAAGACGAACAUACCUAUAGUGUUGUUUGAUGAGAUGAUUGAAAGUCACGGAGUCGCAGAAGCAGUGUUGUCGGAAAAUGAGUGGGCGAUUGCCGAAAUUUCAAAGUGA